AACAAAGCAAAAGGUGAGUAGUCAAUUACAGUGGAUAUUUGUUUGCGAUGGGAAGUGUGUGUUUGUUUGUGCAGAUGCGAGGUACAUCCAGACGGAAAUACCAGUAAACUCGGACCUCAUUUGUCUAGAAUAUCAAAGUUUCAUUGCAGUAGUAAAUAAAAGUAUUAUGUACAAGUUCGUGAUUCCCGCCCGUCAUGUAGUUCUGAUUUUGAUGUUGCCGCUUGUGGAAACAUCCACUCCCUCUGCUUUCAUAGAAGAGUUCAAUGGCUACAGAAGCGUAUGUAAAAAGCUGGGCUGGGAACCAAAACAAGAUUGCACAGCAACUCAUGUCAUCGCCUUCCAUGCCAGUUUGAAGUCUCAUCUCAACAACGUUCCUGUAAACGCUACAAUCACAUUUGGCAAUGUCGACCUAAACAUGGGCAACGGCUACAAUCCGGAGACUGGAGUCUUCACUGCACCGGAAGACGGGGUCUACUCUUUAGCGUGGAGUUACCUGUCACGACAAGGGGGGACGGUCUAUGUGGCUGCAGCUGUAGACAACGUGGAUCGUGUAUUCACCUGUAUCGAAAACCAGCAGAGUAAAUUUAUCAGUACCUCCGGACACCUGUUGCACAAACUCAAGAGAGGGAACCAAGUCUGGAUUAGAGUUUUCAACACAGCAGCCACCUUUAUCCAUGGCGGUUACUACUCCUACUUCUCCGGAAGUAAAAUUAACUCCUUUUGACGAGAGCUACUGAGGGUUCAAUCAAUAAAUCGUUUUGGAAAUUCGGUUUAUUUUGAUUAAAAAACAGAGGAGCA